AUGAUUCGAGAUGCGGAUUUGGUCCAGUUAUUGCCGGCAGGCCAUUCUGUCGGAAGUAUCCGCACCCGUCGUCCAUUGAUGUAUAUAUUUUCCGGUGGAAAUGAAGAUGCUGCUUUCUUCUCAGUGAAUGGUUUCUCGAUACUUCUUGAUGGAGGUGAUCAGAUAGAUGUUCCAUACUGGAAUCUAAUUCGUAAUUAUGAUAAAAUAUCAGCAGCACUGGUUACUCGUGUAAGUCCAAAAUGUUUGCAAGGAAUCUCAACAAUUUUAAUGCGAAAAUGCCUGCAAGAGUGUCAUCCAAAUUUUGGUUCUGUGAUUUGUAAUUUACCACCUUCAAGCUUAUCAAAUGGAGACAGUGAAGCUUCAAAAGUUUUACGCGCAAUGCAUGAAGGUCUACGUGCGGAAGGUUUAAAACCGAUUGAAGCUUUUGCUAGUACGAAGCUAGAAACAAUAACUUUAUAUGAGGUGAUAGGAGAGGGUGCAUUGCGCAUGAUUGUGCUAAAUCCAGAACGUGGUUCGAAAGAUUUGACGUCGCUUAUACAGGCUUUAAAAACCGAUGAAAAUAUUGAGAAAUUUGCUGCCUUGACAUCACUAGCACUUCUUUUGGUUUGGCAUCCAUCAGAUUACACAUUACCUGUGUCACGGAUUCUUAUUACUGGCUCUUGUCCAUUGGAGAAACUUUAUGCAUCGCUGGAAAAGUUGAAAAACGAGGAAUACUUACGUUACCCUCAAUUUACGCAGACUAUGAAGGAAAAAUCAUCAGCGGCUCGUCCAGGAAGAAUAAUACGAAAACCUACGCCUACAAAAAAUCUUCCCAAUUCGUCAUUAUCACGUCCUGCAUCGCUGCAAGCAACAGGUCCUUCUGCACCUGUUGAAUCACUGAAAAAGGUGGUUAGACAAUCAUUGGCAGGAGCUACAUCACCACGAGUUGUUGCGAAUGCGAAAAGACCAGUCACGGAACUAACAAAGGCAUCUGCUAUAGGCAAUGGUAAAUCUCACACCCCAGAAAAUAAAGUCGGAGGUAAGCCAGGAAAAUCUAGACUAAAUGAUGCGAAGAAGAAUACUACUCUCGAAGUCAAGCCAAAAGAGAAUGAUACAGGAAAAACGAAAGUAGCCGAUAAAGCUGGAAAUAAAACUCCACUAGCGAAAGUGAAAGCUCAAGGCUCAGAUCCAGUCUCGACAAAUGCGCAGCCUGUUAAGGUAAUGCAAAAUCCAGUAACAACCACUGACUUGCCAUCUUUAAAUAACUUACAAAAUGCAUCAAGUCCAUUAAAUCCCGAGCAUCCUUUUGAAGCAAAACACUCUUUUGAAAUGGAAAGUGAAACUCCUACAUCUCCUGAAAAUCCAGAAAAUCCACAAAUGCCUGAAAGUUCAUUUGACCCACAAGUUCCGGAUCAUAAUGGUUUGCUAGAUGGCAUUGAAGAACCGAUGAAAGUCCGUAAAAUUAGUAUGGAUUUUUCGAACGAAGACAAGAAUUUUGUUGGAGAUUUAAUGGAAGAAGAAGUAGCGAUGCAUGGAAAAGGAUUCGAUCUGUUAAAUUCAGCAGUACCAUCACAAAAUACACCCUUACUUGAUUCUACACCGAUAACACCAUCAGCGCCAUCCGUUGGAACAGGUGAUGUGUUCUCUGAUUCUUCAAAUGCAUUCGGUUCAAAAACUAGAAUUGCAUAUCACACUGAUGAAAGUGUUAACAAAGCCGCAGUCUAUAAUCAAGAGGUUAUGCAAAAAGGAGAUUUACAGGAUUUGUUUAACAGUGGUAUUACCCCAUUCAUGACAGGUUUUGUAACCGGGAUUGUUGAUGACUCUUCAACACUGCAGGAGUUGCCACCAGCGGAUUACGAUGAAUUUGAAAUCUCAAAAUCUUUGAGAACGCCCCUUUCAUCAAAUAAACUCAAUAAUGGAACAAUAGAAAGUGUGCAGGACGACAAACAUGAAGAGGCUAGAAGGACGACUUUACGUGAGGAAAUUGAAAAGACACAGAUAUUAUCUAAUAUCAAGCGUGAGACAUUCUCGACUCGAAGCAGCGGUUCGGGUGACUCUGUCACUGCUCAGCCGGAUCCAGCCCUGGAUGAGGUAAUUGAUUCGCUAGCCGAGGCAUCGGAAAUGGUUGAUAAUGCACGAAAAACAUCAUCUGAACUGGAACGUCAUGUCCAAGAUCUGACGACGCAAGUAAUCAGUAAUGCCCAAUCAACAACGGCAGCGACUGUAACAGGUUGUAUGGGACAAUUAACAGCUGUUAAGGAUAUGUUUGAUGGACAAGUCACCAAUAUAACUCAUGAUAUCAAUGAUAACGCUAAUGCACUUGCGAAUCAAAAUGCUUAUGAAGAAAAGUGCGCAGAAGAAAUGUAUCUUCCACCGAUGACGAGUGCAGCUAAAACACGUGCGAAACCACUGGUAAAUGGCGUAAAAACUAAGCCCAAACUAUCCCAACCACUAUAUUUCGAUAUUGUUUUCGUCCCACAUCAUGGUGCCCAUCCUACGCUGAAAGAUGAAGAAGCAGCAAAAGCAUUCGUAACUAGUAUUCGAUCUAGACGUUACGUACUGAGUGGAAAGGAUUCAAUACGGACAUAUUUUAUCGACGGUCUUAUUGCUGGUAAAGCAGCGUGGAAUAAACCAGAACUUGAGGUGGAUGUGCUCCCAACACAUGAUAGUGAUGAACUGACAUUAUAUAGCCAUGAAAAAGCGAAUGAAAUAGCCGAAGUGGGUAUUAGUUUACGUUGCUCGGUUGAGCGUUGUACAUUGAGGCUAUCCAGUGGUGGUACUGAUGAUGUUUGUGCCGCAUUCAAAUUCGAAAUGUAA